CCUAAAAUAUUCGAGUUUUGAGAAAAAACACAAGAUAUUAAUUUAUUGUUAAAAAUCAGAUAAAUCAAGUAGCUCUGGACGGAAUUUCAUCAUAAAGAGCACAUAACAUGACGACACAAAAUCCCACCUAUGUUUUAGUGUCAGAUGCCAAUGGUAAAAAACAAUUGAUAUCAGCAUCAUCAAUUACCGUCAAAAAAGAAAGUUUGGCAUCGCAACAAGCCUUUUCAUCACAAACACCUCAUGUUGUGUAUCAACAAUCAUUACAGAAUUACAAUAAUGCUUCAUAUAAUGUGAAAAUUGAAAAGGUAGCACCGUCAGUUAUCACCACAACUAAGCUAACAAAAUCCGCAGAGAGACCAGGAACUUCAGGGAAAUACACAAACUUACGAAAAAGUUUACCAGCAUCAUCAUCAGUACCUUCAAAUUUACUACAGUCAACAUCAUCAAAUCAUUCAGUAACAAAUUCCACAACUUUUAAGAAAACGGACCGAAAACGAAAUGAAAAGCCUGGGAAGGGCUUGCGUCAUUUCUCAAUGCGCGUAUGUCAAAAGGUAAAGGAAAAGGGAACAACAUCAUACAAUGAGGUCGCUGACGAGCUGGUGCUGGAGGAAAGUGAGGAUGCAGGCACAUCAGUCAAUGGAUCAUAUGAUCAAAAAAAUAUCCGUAGAAGAGUUUAUGACGCGCUUAAUGUUCUCAUGGCAAUGAAUAUAAUUUCUAAGGAAAAGAAGGAAAUCAAGUGGCUUGGAUUGCCUACAUCCUCAGUACAAGAAUGUGAAGAAAUUGAAUUACAAAAUCAACAGACUCGAAAGCGAAUCGAGGAGAAGCAGCAACAAUUAAGAGAACUUGUUUUGAAGCACGUGUCAUUUAAAAGUCUCAUUGAGCGAAAUAAGAAUCUUGAAAAGAGAGGAAUCAUCCCGUCAGCAAAUUCAGCCGUACAUUUGCCAUUCAUUGUUAUUAAUACAAAUAAGAAAACUCACAUUAACUGCAACAUAUCGAAUGAUAAGCGUGAAUAUUUGCUCAAGUUCGAUGACAAAUUUGAAGUGCAAGAUGAUUUUGAGGUACUGAAGCGGAUGGGAUUAUUACUAGGAAUGGAUAAGGGAGAAUCGUCUGCAGAAGACAUUGAGAAGCUAAAGAAAAUGGUUCCAAAAGCCUAUCAAAAGUACAUUGAAAUGUAUGGCAAUGGUUAUCUCACGGAGAACCAGCUUGAAAAUGAUAUUAUCGAGGAGGAUUGGACGAUGGUCGACCAAAGUCAAAGUAGUUUCUCGCAGGAUUCAUCGCGUUUCGAGACAUAUGAUGAGCAUGAAUACGGAGAAGAUGAAAUGACUGACGAUGGAAUUGAAUAAUUCGUCAUUAUUCAAUAAUCAUUUUGCUACAAAUUUAUAAUCUACAAAUUUUUUAAUAUUCAACUUCAUAAAAAUAAUUAUUAAGAUAAUCAAGCGCUUUAAAUUAGAAAUUUUAUGCAAAAUCGUUGCAUGAUAUUUUUAAGAAAAAGACUACGCAACGAUCUACUUCAAUGCGCUAGUCGAAAUUAGAGAGUUUGUUUCUUUUUUCUAAGGCUUGAUUGUCGAAAAAAAUAUUUUUCCAAAUUAUCUAAUUAUAUUUAGUGCUAAGAGAACGAAAAUUGUAAGAAAGAUUUC